CAAAGCCACGCUGGAGAACGUCACUAACCUCCGGCCUGUGGGGGAGGACUUCCGGUGGUACCUGAAGAAAGCACAGAGACUAGGGAAGGAGACAGAAAACCAGUAGCAACAGAGGACAGACACUUACACCAGGGACGGCAGGGCCUGUGGGAACACAGGAAGCUCUAACCUAGCAGCGUGGAGGGGAGGGGGCCGGUUGAGACCGUUUCUGUGCCACACGAGCCUGAGUCCCCAGCUCACCUGGGCACCUCUUAGAGGAGGGGGGGCUGCCAGCAGGAGAAGCACCUUGGCUGUUCUUUGCCCAGCGAUGAAAUGUGGCAACUGUGGUGAGAUUUCAGAGAAGUGGCAAUACAUUCGGCUGAUGGACAGCGUGGCACUGAAGGGAGGCCGUGGCAGCGCCUCCAUGGUCCAGAAGUGCAAGCUGUGCUCGAGGGAAAACUCCAUUGAGAUUUUGAGCAGCACCAUCAAACCUUACAAUGUUGAAGACAAUGAGAAGUUCAAGACGAUAGUAGAGUUUGAGUGCCGGGGCCUUGAACCAGUUGAUUUCCAACCCCAGGCUGGGUUUGCUGCUGAGGGUGUAGAAUCGAGGACAAUCUUCAGUGACAUUAAUCUGCAGGAGAAGGACUGGACUGACUAUGACGAAAAGGCCCAGGAGUCUGUGGGAAUUUACGAGGUCGCCCACCAGUUUGUGAAGUGCUGAGCCCUCUUCCUGUACACUUGCCUCUAAGAACUGAGAAGGGACAACCAAGCAGCAGAGCCCACUGAAGCUGGUCCCUCAUCCCUUGUCUCCUGGCAGCUGUCCAAGCCCUCACAGUCUGCAUGCUGGGCUGUCACAGCUUCCCAGGCCCCACCAAUAAAGCCUGUUUGUGCUGUACUCAUGCACUGAGGUAGAGUCAGGUAGCAGCCACACCCCCAACAAAUGAGAAUCCGUAUUAGAGGUCUUAUACUGUUUCCUGACACCUUCCCACAAUAUAGAAUCUUACACCUGAUGCUUUGCAAACUAUGCAGGAGCACACAGCUGCUAAGGGCUCUCUAGCCAUGAGGAGUGGG